GUGGUUGGUGAACACGGCUGGAGGAAAGAGACCGGAGGCAUUCGCCCUCCGCUCUCGGGGUCCUUUCGCUUUCGCGCGAGGUGGGGACCGAACGUUCCAUCAUGGCGUCUUACAGGGGCUAUGGUGAUGGCGGUGCUUACCGAUCCAGAACCGGCAUCGCUUCCAGUACUUUUGGCAGAACGGCGGGAAGCGGCUUGCCGAGCUGCAGAACCAGCUACUCCUCCAUCGGUUCUGGUUCCAGCCGCGUGCCAGCCAAGGAAAGAGUCUCCGGUUUCGGGAACGCGUUCCUGAAGAAGGAGAAGACAGACGAUAAACCUACUUUCAAGUAUUCCGGUACCAAAGAAGCCGAUAAAAGCCGGCUGCACGCCGGCAGGUCAUCGACGGAGGACGUAAGAGCGAAAAGUCCAUUAUCGAGCAGCAGAUCCUCCCUGUUCGAGAAGUACUCGUACCCAGCUGCGAAAACUUCAGACAGGCCGGCCUCCGUCUUGGACAGAUAUAACCGGGCCACUUCACGCGAGAAAAGCAGAGAGCCUGACGGAGUAUCCCGAUACGGAUCCAGCACGUAUCCCGGAUCAGGCCUGGCGAGGAGCUAUGGGAACGAAUGUAGAAUCGAGAAGAAAGAGCGGAGCGAUCAUCCGCCGGUCUCGUAUCGAGGAUUACGCUCGAACUCCGGGAGGAGUUCUCGCGAGCCCAGCCCGGAAGUCAGCGUCGGGAAGUCGAACUCCUUCAGGGUGUACUCGAGGGCGUCUUCUUACAGCCGAUCCGGUGCAAAUUCUAGUGCUUCCGAGUCGAGCUCGGCGCCUAUCUCGAGAUUCGGCUCGACAGCUAGUUCCCGGUUCCUCUCGUCGAGAAGCAGCAACGACCGAGUUCCCUCAGCCAUAAGCUACUCCGGAUCGGACAGGUUCCGAACUUCAGGCAGUAAGCCUAUGCCGGCGAACUCGAAGAACGAGGACAACGCGAGGGCCAGUUCAGACAAAGAUUCCAGUCAAGAGCCAUUUGCCAAGGGCGACGGUCUAGAGGCGGACAGUAGACUUCAGGACAAUGAUACCUUGACGUUAACCAUGGUUACCAGAGGGACGUCGCCGAGUCCGCCUGCGUCGUCGUCCUACGUGAGAAGCAGAAGGGCGGACAUAGGUAUCUCUCAUCAGAAAGAAGUAACGCGCGCCAGACGAAAAAGCGAAACUAAGGACCAAGAGGUUCAAUGCGAGAGGACCGAGGACAGCUCAAGAUUCUCGCGGUUCGGUGCUGGCGGUAGGAUCUCCGAGUCGCCGUGGUCGUCGUAUCUCGACAAAUUUUCUUCGUCGAAUUCCAGCGCGGGUCCGGUGUACGGCAGAGGCUUCAACGGUGGCGCGGCGAAUGCCCGGAUGAACAGCUUCGCGUUUAGCAGGCCGAACGAUAACGGGAUCGCAUCCAGGAACGAUUCCGCGGCAAAAGUGUCGCCGGCGUCUAGUCAAGAAAUCCAAGCCGGCAGGAGCCAAAAUGAGCAGACCGGCAAAGUUUUCGGUGGUCUGGGAUUCCCGAGAGCCGGCGCGGACUCCACGCUCGUGAAAGUCGAUCCCCCGAAGACGGGCGCCGCGCAGAGGGAAGAGAACGCGAGCAAGGAUCAAACGAACGCCAAACUGCAAAGCGGGGAUUCCCGACCCGCCGGCAAGUCGGACGCGAGAAACGAUCGGUUUUCCAAUUCGAAGGCGUUCAACAAUGACCCGUUGACCGUGCUAAAGAGGGAGGGCUCGCCGAAGCAGUCGGCCAUUGUCGCGAAGUCGUCAGACUCCCGGGAAAGUAUUUCCAGGAGCGAAGAAACGCACAGCAGCAGAGAAAGUUCUGCAUCGAAGAGCGAAGGCAAUCAAAGGAGACCGUCUAUACCGAGAUUGGGUCGCGGUCCGAUGAAGAACGAGGCGAAGAUCACGAAGUCCUCGUCCGGCUCGUCGACGAAGUCCGACGGGCUACGGGAGAGGAGGGGCUCGACACCUAAAUCCGACGCCGCCGCAUUCUCCAGGUCGGAGGAGUCUUCAAGAAUAGUUGAGGGAUAUUGCCAGGAACAAAGUGAAGAUAUUGCCUCCUCGAAGCGCGACAGUACUUCGGCCGGGAAGGAUUCGCUUCAGAGCGCAUCUCCCUUAAGCCGAUCUGCGACGCCUCAGUCACGCGGCGGCACUCCGAGAAAUCUUCCUCGUCAGAUGACGCGUACGGACUCGUCAGACGGGUCCGCUGUAAAUGUGCCAAUUGGCAGAUCGAAAUCGUCGUCAGCCAGUUCGAUGACGAGUCAAGGCUCAAAAAUAAAGGCGACACCGUCGCCAUCGCCGAGCAAAUCAUCGAGCGGUUCGACCGCAUCCUCAGUGAAUCUGAGACAGGGCGGUUCACCGGAUGCUCGUGGCAAACCACCUGUGCCGAAGACCGACGUGACGGCGUCGACCGCGUCAAAGUGCCUCGUGCCGGUGAAGUACGUGAACAAGGAUUUCCGGAAGUCCACCUUGAACAUGGAGAACGGGGAUCCUUCGCAGUCGAAGCUGACCAGAAAGAAGAAGAACCAACGCAGUAUGUCCGUCAGCUCUCAAGAUUCGCAGUCCGAACCGAACUCCGAACCGCUUAAUCAGGCUAUACCCUCGGAAUCCUCGAGCUCUCUGAAGACCAGCCAGUCGAGGUUACGGAUGCCUUCCAGCGCGUCGAAAACGACAACGAGCAAGAGCAGCUCGAGCAGCUCGUUGAGACCCGAAAAAUUCAGGGGCGGAUCGAAAUCACCGUCCGGGACAAGAGAGAAAGAGGACGGAAGCUCUAGUUCCAGCGGCAACACCGAGUCCAACUCGUCAAAUUCGACGAGCAGCGAAGAGGACGACGAGAAGCAAGAGAAACCUGGCUCAAGACGCCGGAGAAGACGCGCGUCCAAGUCGCCUUUCCGCGAGAAGAGAGGCAAGAUUAGCGCCGGGUCGUCCAGAACGAGCGUCGUCGCGUCGUCCGCCGACGAAAUGUCCCUGACCAUGGACAAACCACCCCGACCACCGUCCAGUCCGAGGUCCAGAAGCGAUCGAUCUGGAAAAACGGAAGAGGCAAAGUCAUUUCUGAUGAGGGCUCUCGCGCCAGUGACGAACCUUUUUAAGAACAAGCAGCAGGAUUCCGGCGAAUCCGGGAAAUCCGGGAGCUGGCUGGACUCCAACGAAGAGAACUCGGACGUCAGGAGGUCGGAGAACGGCACGGCGUCGUUGUCGAAGAGCCCUUCGAAGAGUGGUAGUUUCACGAACUCCGAGAGAGGCGACGACAGAAGGCAGAGUCGGGGGAAAAUCAGACGCGACCAUUCCGGAGAACAGCCAUGGUGGAUGGAUCCGAACUCCGACAACGUUCCUGAGGGUGUUGAAACCAUAAGCGUGUGUAACGACGACAUUAGCCAAGAGACGACCGUCAGUUGUACCUUACCUGACGAUGGUAAAUUUAAAUACAGAGUGUGGCGGGAAGAUUCCGGAGAACAAGCCUGGUGGUUGGACUCGAACGACAGCGUAGCUUCAGAGGAAACACAGAGGAAACACUCUUCAGCGACCUCGAGGCAGGAAUCGGGAGAGAAAGCUUGGUGGUUGGAUUCCAACGACAGCACUCGGUCGGAUGACACAAAGAAACAGUGUUCCUCCAUAACAUCGAGACACGACUCCGGUGACAGGUCUCGAUGGAUGGAUGGGAACGACAGUGUACUGUCGGAAGAGCCGAAGAGAUCAUCGAGCGCAGCGGUGUGGAGGCAAGAAUCGGGGGAGAGGGCGUGGUGGUUAGACGCGAACGAUAAUGUUUCAUCGGAGGAACCGAAAAAACAAUCUUCCUCGGCGUCUUCGAUCUCGAGGAGGGGGUCCAACCGGUGCAGCACCCGGUCCAGCGACAGAAGGAAUCGCAUCAAGCACCAGCAAUCCGGUGAACGGGCCUGGUGGAUGAGCGACGAUCCCGAGAACGUGCCUGAGGGAGUUGAAGUGAUUCCUGUGGCAACGACCGCAACUAGCAGUCCGCGUGUCAGCCACAGCGACGAAGUCGACAGCAGUCAGACUUACGGGAGGAACAUGCAUAAAAUCAGUCAUAUCGAGUCCGGCGAGAAAGCGUGGUGGAUGGACAGCUCGUCGAAUGUUCCUGAAGGCGUCGUCAAGAUCCCAGUGGAAACCUCGAACAGCACUUCGGAUUCAUCCGAGUCGUUCGAGAGAAUCGAUAUUGGCGUUCACCCUGAACCUGAGAUAUACGCGAGGAGAAGCCUCUCGAGAUUCCCUAUCGAGUUUCCGCCUCCGCCGCCCGACGAGCCACUCGGGGAUCGCGCCAGUCCCGAAGGGGUAGAGAACCCGCCGGACCCGCCGGACAAUUACGGUGGCCGAAACUCUCCUUACGACAACGUGCAGCCGACACCACGAAGAUCGUCACCAAGGAAACGGCCGUCCACGUUACCGCUGUUCAUCGGCGAGCACACUAACAUCGACGAUCUGCUGGGCGACACAGCCGCCCUAUGUCCUAGCCCGGUCGUGUCCCUUAUCCGCAAACGCGAACGCGAACGCAUCGAGGAGGAUUCCUCGGAGGAAAGUUCAGAAUGCGAAGAAAUCGACGCCACACAAGUAAUCAUUCACGACAGCACACCACAGACGCCGGUGAUACAACGGCGGCAUCGGGACAAUGAGAGACCACAGCCCGAUGGCUACAUUCCGCAUACCGGGGUGCUCUUUGUACACGAGGCCGGAUAGAGAGGGGGUUGUCCACGUGGCGGCGCCACCGUCGCCUCAGCGGCGACAGGUGUCCGCGACGUUCAGUGUCGCGGCGACCGCUCGCGAGGUAAGGCACGUUGUGUUAUCGGCUGGUGUGUCCGUUCGUUCGUUAGCUCCA